CCAGCUCUAGUUUGCUGUAUUUAAGGACUAGCACUCAGAAGUCCUGAAAGGCUGUUUGUCUGGCUCUGCUCUGAUUGUCCAUACGCAUUUCACUUUCUACUUCCUACCAUGUGUUUUCGGGGAUGUGCAAAGUGUCUUGGUCACUCCUUGAUACCACUGGCAGUGUGCUGCAUUGUUGCCAACAUUUUGCUUUAUUUUCCAAAUGGAGAAACUAAAUAUGCCAACGACAACAACCUGACUAACUUCGUGUGGUUCUUUCAUGGAAUAGUGGGAGCUGGUGUUCUGAUGUUCCUGCCCGCUGCAGUUUUUAUCAGACUGGAGCAUGACAACUGUGCCGGUUGCUGUGGAAAUUAUGCUUGCGGGGAAAGUUGUGUGAUGCUGUCCUCCGUCUUGGUGGCUCUGAUUGGAUUAGCUGGAUCUGUGUACUGCUUUAUCGUUUCUGCGCUGGCUCUGCAGGAAGGCCCAUACUGCAGAACAGGAGCCACGUGGGAGUACCCUUUUGCAAAUGGAAAUGGAGGGUACCUAAAAGACCACAAUAUGUGGACCAGCUGCCUAGAGCCUGCACAUGUGGUGGAGUGGAACGUCACUCUGUUCUCUAUCCUGCUGGCCCUCAGUGGAGUGCAAGUCAUCAUCUGUGCAGUGCAGAUCAUCAAUGGCUUGAUUGGAGGAAUCUGUGGACCCUGCUGCUGUGGGCAGGAGUAUGGCAUGAAGGCAUAAAUGUAGAAAUGCAAAGAGAAAAAGAAAAAAAAAGUCACUCAAAUACGGUUCAUAAGAAAUUUUGGGGCCAUCCAUAAAAGAUAAAUCCCCAUCACUUGUCCACAGCUGUCUGCAUGGUUCCAGUCCCUUCUGCCAUGAAUGCGCUUCAUGGCUGACCUCUUUUACCAAGUGAAUUUAUAAUGAAUGAAUUGUUUGUUUUCUUUCAGAAGUACUGAUAUGUAAAUUUCAGCCACUUAUUGCAGGGUGAUUUUUUUUUUUUGGGUGUAUGUUUAUUUUAAAUAUUAAUAGUUAAUAUAAAUAGUUUGACUAUAUUUAGGCUGAAUAUUGUAAAGUACUGUGGGGUGUACAGUAUAACUGCAGCUCUAAUUCCUGACAGAAGAAUUAAAACUAGUCAUACAAAUAAUAGAUCUAACACUAAAUGCCUCCUUGUUUCCUAUUUCGAUUUAUAAAAAUGUUUAAACACUGGGUAGGGUCCUAUAAUAAUUAUUUAAACAACUUUGAUCAAUUGAAUUGAAUGUGGUGUGUGUCUUCUUGUCACAGGGAAUAUUGAGUAAGCACUCUCAUUUAAACAGAGGGCAUGACUUCUGUGUCUACUUUUACAAUAUAUCAGGAGUUCUAGCUAAUGGACCCGGAAGCUAUAAUAACCCCCCCUUUUUUUUAAAUAUUAAAUAUUAAUAUGCUUAUUAUACUAUGCUUAUUAUACUUUGAGAUUUGCAUAUGUAAGCUACAGUAUAUACAUUUUAUAUAUCAUAUAUAUUGCAAAGCACUGAUGUUUAUUAAAUAUUCUGUGUCUGUUUUUUCUUCUUUUGAAUGCAGUUCUGUAGACUGCAGUAAAUAUUUAUUUUAUACUAAAAGAAUCUUACAUUUUUUGGAGAACAGGGUGAAUUGAACUUGUCUAUUGUAAGUUGUAAAGAGAAGAGGUGUAUUAAUAAAAAUUUUCCAUGUUAA